CAAAAUCACCAUUUAUAAUUCCAAAACCGUCUCUUCUAACCCAUGCAACUGCAAUUAAUCCUCAAUUUUCAUCCAUCAAAUUCAAAACCCUAACAAACAUGGCUGAUGAAGGACACUACCAACCACUGCGCGGCUUCAACGAACAGCACAACACCACUGUUCAACAACAACCUUCAACCAAGUCAACUCAGCUAGUUAAGGCUGCCACCGCCGUAACCGCCGGCGGCUCUCUCUUGAUCCUCUCUGGUUUGGUCUUAGCCGGUACGGUUAUUGCCCUUACUGUUAUCACACCGCUAUUUGUAAUAUUCAGUCCGGUGCUGGUUCCUGCGGUGAUCAUAGUAGCUCUGUUGACGUUGGGAUUCUUUGCUUCCGGUGGACUCGGUGUGGCGGCGAUCACGGUGUUAGCUUGGAUCUAUACGUAUGUUACCGGUAAGCAUCCACCUGGCGCUGAUCAAUUGGACACCGCACGUCAGAACCUGAUAAACAAAGCGCGUGAAAUUAGGGACUAUAGUCAGCAGAAAAUCAGUGGGACGCAGAAUUCUUAAAUCUGCACUCGCAUGCACUCGAUUUUCUUUCUUCCUUGACCUCUGUUAAUUUAUUUUAGCUUUCUUGUAACUUCGUUUAAUGCCGGGUACUCUUGUAUCUUAACAAUAUUCUAGGUUUUUUUGUGUAAUUUUAUUUUGUAUGAUUCUUCUCUAA